GGAUAGCUGCCUGCACAACUCGCCGCAUCCUCUCCCACCCAACAGUGGUCAGCUGCAGUCCGCUAGAGGCGCUACGGCGAGCACAAGGUCCUUCUACGAUCAGGCCCCCACCAUGGCCGGCGCCGUCCUCGCCGUGGCCGGAUGCUCCGCCAGCUGUCACUGCCGCCUCCUGCCAAUGCUGCCCCCAGCCGCCUUCGCCGCCGGCAGGUGGCUGUCCACCGUCGCAGCCCCCACAGAGGUGCCGCCCCGCUCUCCGUCUCAAGAAUGGCUCAGCGCGAGGCCCUUCGAGGAGAUACCCGGCCCGAAAAAGCUGCCCAUCGUCGGUGGCCUCUUGAACUUCCUCCCCAAGUUUGGUGAAACGGCAAAAAAAGAUUCUAUUGAAGUAGUUCAGGCGAUGAGGGACUACUACGGAGACAUAGUGAAAUUGGAUGGUUUUCCUGGAAAACCGACAGUGGUGAUGUUGUUUAAUGCAGAUGAUAUCGAGAAAGCAUUCCGCAACGAAGGUCAGUUUCCAAUGAGGUCCGGCAACGAUUCAACCAUGUACUACCGGAAACACGUGAGGCCCGACUGGUUCCGCGGCCGCUACGGCCUCGUCGCCACUCAGGAAGAAGAGUGGUACGACUUCCGGCGCAAAGUGAACCAGGCAAUGUUGCAGCCGAGGUCCGCCAAGCUCUACGUGGGGCCCAUAGACCAGGUGGCCGAAGACUUCGUCAACAGAAUGGUGCAGCUGAGAGACGAAAAGCAGCAGAUGCCAGACGAUUUCCAAAAUGAACUCUGCAAGUGGUCCCUUGAGUCUGUGUCGUUGGUGGCUCUGGAUUCACGCCUAGGCUGUCUAGAGCCCAACCUACCGGCGGAUUCCGAGCCCCAGAAGAUGAUCGACGCGGUCCAGUUCAUCUUGGACGCCACAUUCAAGCUGGAGUUCCGGCUGUCGCCCUGGAAAUUCAUCAGCACGCCUACGUGGCGGCGUUACGUCAAGGCCCUCGACUUCUUCUACGUGACAUCGAUGAGACAUAUAAACGCCGCCAUGGACCGCAUCAAGGCAAAGGGCGAGAACUGCACGGGCGAGUCGAGCGUGCUGGAAAGACUGUUGCUCCAGAACGAUGACCCUGGAGUCGCAUGCGUCAUGGCACUGGACAUGAUGUUCGCCGGCGUCGACACGACUUCCAACGCGGCGGCGGCCUGCCUGUACUACCUGUCCAAGAACCCGAAGGCGCAGCAGCGGCUGUUUGAGGAGGUGUACGGCCAGCUGCCAGAGUCGCAGAGCCAGCCGCUGACGGCCAGCAAGCUGGAGGAGUGCCGCUACCUCAGGGCGUGCUUCAGGGAGGCCAUGAGGCUGAAGCCCAUCGCGCCGUUCAACGUUCGGCGGUGCGUGGUUGACAACCUCGUGCUGAGUGGCUACCGCAUCCCCAAAGGGGUGGACCUGAUGAUGGGCCACGCACGGUUGUCGCUGUCGGAGCAGUACUUCCCUCAGGCGGACCAGUUCCGCCCCGAGCGCUGGCUGAAGGGCCCGGACGGCCGGUCGGAGGCGCAGGACGCGCACCCAUUCGCCUCGAUGCCCUUCGGCUUCGGCCCCCGGAUGUGCAUCGGCAGGCGCUUCGCAGAGCUGGAGGUCUACACGCUGGUGGCCAGGAUUAUCCGACGCUUCCGUGUGGAGUUACACAAUGAUGUUGCGUGGAGGACUGCCCUAAUACAUCAAGCCGCUUCGCCACUCAAGUUCAAGGUCAUCGACAGGAACGUCUGAUUCUCCUGUUGUGUUUCCUCUCUAUUCCCACGGAUAAAGUGUAUUUCGGACCCCUGAACCAGGUGUCAAAUGUAACUGCAAUAGGCUAAUUAAUUGCUUUUGAGAGACAAGUGUUUCGCUCUAAUUCGCUUUAAGUUUUGACGAAUGACACAUAUACACAAAUAUUGUUCGUUUUUAUAAGCAUUGAAAUACAUCUCCUCAUUAUUUCACUUUCUAACAAACGACGGAGAAACAGGCAGAAACUAUCUAGAUAUUUCUUAAUAUCUUAUUUGUUUUUAAGUUCCAACCCUGUGACUAAAGAAAAGUCUGUUUGUUUGACUGCGUCCUUUAUUUUUUAACCAUUCUCAGUACAUAUUUCCUUCACUGUAUCUAUGUACGUAAUAAAUACAGGACGAAACAGCUCUAAACAUGUUUCUAACUACAA